CUCCGAUCAACAAAAAAAGAACACACUGCCAACGCUCGUGCAUCCGAUGUAACACAGUCAUAUCCCCGUUGAAAUAUUGCGAAACACUACCUGCGUCUAUACAUGAGUCUCAAUAUUUCCUGAUAGUUCAGCAUCGAGACGUCAGCUUGCAUUUCCCCGCACUACGUACCGUACCCCCUGUUCAACUACAUAUCCGUAGUGCCGAACCGCACAAUCCUUACCUCACGGGAAUAUAUAUUGACAUCGACUGGGGGAGGAUAUUGCUGAGUGAAAUUGGAGAAAGUGUUACUUGCUACCAGAAUCUGGCCCAGUAUGGGUUUAUGACCGCAGCGGAUCUUCUCCCUUAUCAGAUUACAGUACAUGGACAUACUUCCUUGUUAACAAUGAGUGGAAUACCUAUGCCUGCGCAGCAGGGUACUAGUGUUGGCCCUCAGAGUGCAGCCUCUAUCUUUCAGCAUGUCCAUGACAUGUCUUCCAAACGUGUCUCUACUCUAGGUUAUCUGAGGAAAGUUCACGAAGGACGAGUAUAUUGGUUCAAUACUGUACAUUUCUCCCGACAUGACCUCAUGCGAAUGCCUUACUUUGACCCCAAAAGACUCUCUCGUCGCGCAAUCAAUUUCCUACUCCUCGGCCUCUCACUCCCUCCUAUAUUGGAUGCAUAUACAACCCCAAUGGAGUAUCUACGCGCUCUCCAUGCCCUCUUAGUCGAAUUCGAAACAUUUCAGCAAGUUCAUAAUCCAGAUGGAAACUUCUCUUCAAACCUUGUCCGCGCAAGGCUACCUCAGAUGUUUAAGAGGGCAACAUAUACGGGCAACAAAACGAGGCGAGCAAGCUCAGCGAAUGAAAUUGGCCUACCCAUGCAUUUUGGUGAUUCAUCGGAUGUGAAAGCCAUGACCGGUAACCUUGCGUCUUCGGCCACUGCAGCAUCAGCAGUUACCUCUUUUCCCAAUACGGACUCCUCAGACUUACUUCCGGGGGAGGAAUACACAUAUCUAUUAACGCCCUCACUCCCGUUCGACCCGGACUUUUUCGAGACUUUCGUCACGCUUUGCGAUGUGUUGAUAGAUUGUUACAACAGACUUACGGGUCUAGUUUCUUCGCCCAGCGUAUGUACAACCGGCUUUGGAGAAUUAUUCACUAAGACAGAUGCAAAGUUGCGCAAAGUUAUGGUCGCAGGUGUCGUCAGAGACUUUGAAGAUGCAAGUAGGAGUGGUGCAAAAAGCGAAAUCGGGGGAGUGAGCAGGGUUGUCCUAGGCGGAUUGCUCGGAUAAUAUACUUGUGAAUUGGCCUGCAUAAGCAUAUUCGGCGUUGUUGAGCCUUUCUUCAAAUAUAGCCGUUGGAGGAGACAACCACCUGGCUUGUCAUGAAACAUGAACAGAUCUGUUGAUACAAUAUUAUGAUCUUUGUUUUGUAUACAUAGAUAUCCUGGUUUCAAUUUACUCUUCAGCCGCCACGAGGACAUUUUUCUCUUCGAGUAAUUUCGCUAGCUCACCGUUCUGAUGCAUGGACAUCAGAAUAUCGCAACCACCUACGAAUUCUUUGUCGACGUAGAGCUGGGG